GUUUUGUUGCAAAUCAAAUAUUUCAUUGAUGAGGCUAGGUGUGUCAACUAGAACCAUUUGUAAUAGAAAGAACAUAGUAUGUUGCAUGGUUAAGUAAACUGUGUGCAAUGCUUUCUCAACCGGUAUCCUACAUUUCAAAUUUCUUUGGCUGGUUCCUCUCUCCUGUAUUUAAUUUUAUAAAAAGAAUCUUACGCCCUUUUAUUAAAUGGAUAUUGAGACAAACGACGGGUUUGUGUGAGUUACAGAGAACUUGCUACUGUGAACCAUCUGGUGCACCAAGGAUUCUUGGAAUAGAGGAUUCGUUGAAGCAGUCAAAAAGUGUUAAAGUGCAUACACUUCUCCAAUUUUUAGACCUUGCAGCUAGGGAGAAAAGGUUUACUGCUGCAGGUUCUGCCCAAAUCAUUCACAAUACUGUGGAAACAAUCUGCUAUAUUAAAAAAAUUCACCUUGAUGCUCAUCAACCAUUUACGAAACUAUUUGGAGAAUGUGUAUCCAUAAUAUGGAGUUUAAAACAGUUAUUACAUGACCUGGAGAAUAUUAGAACUACUGCAUAUGACUCAUCUAAUAUGGAACACGAGGAAAAGUUACUGGAAUUAUGGAAUCUUCUUAUGCCAACGAAAAAGCUUGAUUGCCGUGUCAGCAACUUGUGGAAGGAUAUUGGAUUUCAAGGGGAUGAUCCUAAGACUGAUUUUCGUGGCAUGGGACUAUUAGGACUUGAAAACUUACAUUUCUUUGCAAAAAACUAUCCAGAAGUUGCUCUUCAGGUGCUGUCUCAUUCGAAUCAUCCCAUCCAUGGGUAUUCAUUUGCUAUAGUAGGAAUCAACUUGACUCAUUUAGCGUACAAUUUGUGGAAAGACGGUACAGCUAAAAGCCAUAUAUACAACAUCUGCUGCCAUCACCUUCAAGUGCCUGGUCCCACGCUACUGAAUUUCCAUCGUUUUUACUGUUACCUCUUCAUUGAGUUUGACAAGCUUUGGAUGGCUGAGAAGCCUCCUACGAUAAUGGAAUUUGGAAGAAUUCGAAGCCAAUUCGAAAAUAACAUCCGUUUGCUGCUUUCCAAUGCGAAUUGUCUUUUCAAAUUAAAUAUUCCAGUUGAGCACGUUUGAAUAUGAAAACAUUCUGGUCACUCCGUUUAUCCAGGUAUCAAAGCUUUAAAAAUGUAUCCUGUUAUCAUAUUGGUCUUACACACACAAUUUGUACAACC